AAAAAAAUAUAUACAAAUAAAAAUAAAGCAAAUUGAAAAGUGUUAAAUAGUUUGAAAGAAAUAAAAGAUAUAAAAACAGUGCAUCCGUUCAAAAUUAAAUGAAAAAAAUCAAUUAAAAUUUCAACAAAUCAAAUGAAAACCUUAAUACAUAAUUGCUGAGUGUUACAAAUCUCUAAAGUAAUCAAAGUAUUUUAAAUACAACCAUCAUUAUGGGUCAUUUAUCAACAUCGGAACGUGUCAGUACAACCAGUUGUGCCGAAACCACACAGACCACCACAAACACAGCCUUAAAACAGCGUUUGACAAAUGGCAAACAGGCCGCCACAAAUGGUUUUCCCACCGCCAAUGGCCAGCCCUUGGUCUCGGCCGCCGACGGAGAAGUGAAAGUUAUACAAAAUAAAUAUAAUGUCAAUUUGGAGGAAUAUACACGCAAAUUUAAGGGCGACAAUGUGUUGGGUAUUCAGUUUAAAGCACCGCUUAAAUGGCACAAUGUCAUAUUGAUUUUUGCGGCCCAUAUAUUCUUUGUGGUGUGUCUGGCCAUGUUUCCGCUGGAGAAAUUGAGGAUACAAACUUUGUUAUGGGCUUUCUUUAUGGGAGGCGUGGCUGGUUUUGGUGUUACGGGCGGUGCUCAUCGUUUCUGGACUCAUCGAUCAUUCAAAGCCAAUGUACCUUUACGUAGUAUAUUAAUGAUCUGCUUCUCAGCAGCUGGUCAGAAUUCCCUAUACGACUGGGUGCGUGAUCAUCGUGUGCAUCACAAAUAUUCUGAAACUGAUGCUGAUCCUCAUAACUCUAAUCGCGGCUUCUUUUUCUCUCAUGUCGGCUGGCUAAUGAUGCACAAACAUCCCGAGGUAUUGCGUCGUGGUCGUCAAAUUGACAUGGGAGAUAUUUUGGCUGAUCCAGUCAUACGUUUCCAUGAGAAAUAUUUCAUACCAUUGAAAAUGAUCUUUUGUUUCCUGUUGCCAACGGCUAUACCCAUGUAUUUUUGGGGUGAAGAGUUCCAAAUUGCUUUCAUGACUCAGUGUGUAUUCCGUUAUAUAUCUUCGUUGAAUUUUACCUGGUCGGUUAAUAGUGCUGCUCAUAUGUGGGGUACCCGUCCCUUCGAUAAGCGCAUUAACCCUAGCGAGAAUGUCUAUGUAUCGAUCAUUGCCAUGGGCGAAGGUUGGCACAACUAUCACCAUGUCUUCCCCUGGGAUUACAAGGCAGCUGAAUUGGGAAAAUAUCUAUUCAAUUUCACCACCAUGGUUCUUGAUACUUUUGCCAGAAUCGGUUGGGCCUGGGACAUGAAACAACCCUCCAAGGAGUUGGUGAAACGUACAUUGGAAAAAUACGGUGAUGGUACUCAUCCCUCGGUGCAAAAUAUGAACUUGUCACAUGACGGUCACAUGAACUGUCACAUUCCCGAAGUUCCUGAUCCUGAACUCGAGUCGUUGCACGAUGAAGAUGAAGCCGAAUCAUCCUCCACCGAAAGCACAAAACUGGAUGAAAAUGAAAAUGAAAAUAUGUCAAAGAAAUCUAUGCUAACUUAAGAAGGUCAAUAGUUCACUAGACUCAAAAAUCAUUGUGUGAUUUGUUGAUUGCUGGUGGUGCUACAGAGCAAGAAUCAAAUAAACUAAAAACAAAUUUUCAUGGGAGGUUGUUCAUUUAAUUUUUAUACAAAAGUCAUAUUUUUUUUAAAUUUAUUAUUUAAAAAUCAGGGGGUUUAUACUUUAUUAUUAAUAAUUUAAUGUAGUUCCUAAGGCCAAUUUAAAAUUUUUUGUUUAUUUUAUUUUUUAUUCAAAUUAAAAAAAAGAAAAUCACAAAAAGUAAGAAAAAAAUUUGGAAAACUGUACGUUUGUUUAAAUUUUUUUAUUCACAACUACGUUUUUUUAUAGUUUUGUUUUUGUAAGUUUUUUAGUUUUAGAUUUUGAAAAAUAAAAAUUAAAAAAUAAAAGAAAAAUAAUAAAAACAUUUUGUUUUUAUAUUUUUGUAAGUUUAAAUACAAAUCAAAAUCACCGGGAAUAUGUUGUUUCAUGUACUUUAAGCACGCACUUACACAUGCACCGAUUGUCGUUUUUAUUAUAAUUUUGAUUGAAAUGUCUGUAUUGCAACAAUAAAAAUAUAAGAAAUAAAAAUAAAAUUUAAAAAAAAAAAA